CCACCUGCUCGUUGGUUGGCAAACUAACUUUUAACAGCACAAGAGAAAAGUAGGCGAUGCAAUCGAAGUACACUCUAACAACAAAACCCAAAAUCUUGUGGUAAAGAAGAAUGUUAUUUGUUGUUGGUGCUUCAAACCUGUAAACACUCCUACACUACCAUCUUCCCUUAAUUUCUCCGCCAAUUUUCUUCUUCCUAUAAAAAAUUAAUCAAACACCCAACUUCUCUGUCUCAUCCAUCUUUCUACCAGUGGCAAUUUCCAAUGGCUACUAGCAUUCAGUCUUUGGGUGCUUCAUCAUAUUUCUCUUCUGUCAAUUUAAUCGAUUCCAGGAAUUUUCAUGGAAGGAAAGUUGGGUUUGUGUUAGUAAGAUCGGACCUCAAUGCGAAACGUGGCUUGAUGUCAGGCCGUUGUCGGACUGGGAAAUUGGUUUCUCAGGCUGUUUCUACACCAGCAGCUUCUACCGCGCCUUUAAAAACCGGGCAUGAGGUCUUGCUCUUCGAAGCACUUCGUGAAGGUUUUGAUGAGGAAAUGGAAAGGGAUGCUCGCGUAUGUGUCAUGGGUGAAGAUGUGGGACACUAUGGUGGAUCUUACAAGGUUACUAAAGGACUGGCCCCAAAAUAUGGAGUUCUUAGGGUUCUUGACACCCAAGCGCUGAAAAUUCCUUCACGGGAAUGGGCAUUGGAGCUGCUAUGACUGGCUUAAGGCUUGUUAUUGAGGGAAUGAAUAUGGGAUUCCUAUUAUUGGUAUUCAACCAAAUCUCGAACAACUGUGGCAUGCUGCAUUACACUUCCGGUGGCCAAUUUACCAUUCCUGUGAUCAUUCGUGGCCCUGGUGGUGUUGGACGGCAGCUCAGGGCUAAACAUUCACAACGGAUUGAGUCUUACUUCCAAUCAAUUCCCGGUAUCCAAUUGGUUGCAUGCUCCACCCCUUACAAUGCUAAAGGACUAAUGAAAGCCGCAAUUAGGAGUGAGAACCCUGUUAUUCUUUUUUAGCAUGUUCUGCUUUAUAACCGCCAAUUUCCAGUUUAUCUCUUUGAUUAACAAAUUUUAUCAAUCUAAGGGUGUUUCUGGGAAUUCAGUCAUUAAAAACGGGGACAAGAUCGUCAAUCUAGCCUGCAAAUGUUUACAUGUUGGCAACUCGCUGUUGACUUCGUAUUACAGCUCAAUCAGAUACGUUUGAUGAGAUGGCAUGAUAGAGUUACGGUCGUUGCUCUCCGUCUGUAAAGCGACGUUGCUCUCGGUCAGUUUGGCGAAAGGCCUAGUUGUCCGGCCUUUGUAAAUGUACGUAAAAAGGCCUUGAAGCCCAUUAAUUUAAUGUGUGUAACCUUUCUUUCUUUCUUAUAAGCCCAUUGUAUGCCCAUUAUUUUAAGGCCUUUUAGUUUUCUUUCUUAUAAGACCAUUAUAUGCCCAUUGUUUUAAGGCUUCUAUUCUUUCUUUCUUAUAAGACCAUUAUAUGCCCAUUGUUAUAAUUGCAAAUAAUU